CCACCUGCCCGUGCUGAGCACCGAUGACCCCACACCCCUCAAGGGUGCAGUGGAGGGACAUGGUGGAGCCCAUCCUGCCUCAGCUUUGCCUCUGCAUCCUCCUUCAGGUGGCAGAGGCUCCCGGCUGGAGUGAACUGCCACUCGGCCUCAUCCUACAGAGCGUCAAUGCCGGACCUGCCCAGCUGCCCCACUUAUCCUACAGAGAGAAACCAGACAGGGCUCGGGCCUGCUUCCUCCUGCUCUUUCCUACAGACGUUUGCUGCUCCCUGGUCUCACCUGGAGAUUCUGCCUUGGCCCGGUUAAUAGCACUUUGCCACACUCAUCUGCAUGCGUGGACGAGGAAACACACUCAGGGAGUGACCGCCCUCACAGUCACACAGCCUCUGCGAUGCACUGACGGACCACCCACCCACGUCCGGAGGAGCAGGGAGGUCCCCACCGAGUCCGCCCAGGGCACACACAGGUCACAGGAAAGACUUGAGUUUUAUGGCUGCGGUUAUGAAAGGCUUUCUCCCCGCUCUGCUUCUCCCAGGAAGGUGGAUGGGUGUGCCCGCCCUGAAGAACCACUCCGUGAAGGUCCAGGCCGUCCACAGUCAGCUUUCAGCCUCAGCCAUGUUUCUUUCAUUUUUGGCCUUGGCCUGGGCCUACUUGUGUCCUGCUCUGGCUGA